GGUUCUGCAUCAGUCCCAUGACUGGGCCAGCCCAUCCACCCCGACAUUCCAGUGCUGACCGCCGGGUUGGGGCAGUGGUUGUGCCGUGGGGCAGGAAAGGGGAUGAGUCCUCCCUCAUGCCAUGUCCUGAGCUGCCCCCAUGUCCCCAAGGUUGGGGAGCAGGUGGGGCUGACUCUGGUUGCCCUCCUUCCCUACUCUCCCAGGCAGCACUGGAGCUCCCCAUCCCCGUGGCCCCGAGCCCCCUGGCAUCCCCCCAGGGUCCUGCCCUGCCGUGCUUUGCCGGGGUCCCCCUGAGCCCCCCCUCACCCCGCUGUCCCCACAGCCGCGCUGUCGCCCUUCGCGGUGACGCGGCGCAUCGGGCACCCGUACCAGAACCGGACGCCGCCCAAGCGCAAGAAGCCGCGGACGUCCUUCUCCCGGGUGCAGAUCUGCGAGCUGGAGAAGCGCUUCCACCGGCAGAAGUACCUGGCCUCGGCCGAGCGUGCCACCCUGGCCAAGGCCCUCAAGAUGACGGACGCCCAGGUCAAGACCUGGUUCCAGAACCGCCGCACCAAGUGGAGGCGUCAGACGGCGGAGGAGCGCGAGGCGGAGCGGCAGCAGGCCAACCGGCUGAUGCUGCACCUGCAGCAGGAGGCUUUCCAGAAGAGCCUGGCGCAGCCGCUGCCGCAGGACCCGCUCUGCAUGCACAACUCCUCGCUCUACGCCCUGCAGAACCUCCAGCCCUGGGCCGAGGACAACAAGGUGACGUCGGUCUCGGGGGUGGCCUCCGUGGUGUGAGGGCCCUGGGCGCUGCUGAUGUGCCAGGAGGUGGCGGUGGGAGCCUGGUGGGCUCUGAGCCUGGACCCUGGCAGGGAAGGGGCUGCAGCUUCCUGGGAGCCCUCCACUGGCAGCCCCCUCCCUGCCACGGAGAGCCCCCCAGGACCACCCAGGAGGGAGGCCGUGCCUCUGUGUUUGGACUCAAAGCUUCACCGAACCCCACCUGGAGCACUGCUGUGGGCAGCCCCCUGCCUGACCCCCAGGAGCCCAGGGAUGGGCCCCCACACCCAAGGACCUCUGCAGCCCCCUUCCUGACCCCCAGGAGCCCAGGGCUGGGCCCCUGCACCCCACGGAUGUCUGUAACCCUCUGCUCAGACCCGUGGGCGCCCAGGGCUGAGCCUCUACACCCCAUGGACACCUGCAGCUCCCUGCCCGAAGCCCUGGAUGGGUUGGGCAGGGUUCUGCAGCUCCCCCACCAGCAGCUCCAUGGGUCACGCUGGCUCCCUUUGGGCCCCAAAGCCUCCAGGCCACCUGGGCCUCCCAUUCCUGGUGCUGGAAGCCCCCCACCCUGACAGCAGGG